ACUUCAACAAACUCUCCUCCAAACAAGAUCCUCCUGGAUACAAAGAUGCCAUGUUUCCCGUGUUUGCUGUGGAAUUCGGAUUGAAUUAACGCGUGCACGCAGCUCUGGAUGUUUCUCGUUGUGGAGUUAUGAACUUAUGAAGACGAUGCAAGUUUAAAGUGCGGUCUGAUUUGAGGAAUGUUAUGCGCAUCUGAUGGAUGCAUGGAUGGAUGGAACUUCCCUCACGAAGAGAUUCUGGGCCUGAGUGGAUUUCAUGAGUGUGUGAAAUAAACAAACUAAUCAUAAUGACGAAGCUCUGUUCGUCUCGCAUCUGCGUGUAAGACUUCUCAGGAAGCUCCGUGAACUGCUGGGUUCUGGCGAUGGCAGGAACCCGUCCAGGUCUCUGAAAGCUCCCCGUGCUGCUGAAACUGCUGGAGACCUCACGCAUGCGGUUGAGUUUGUGUCGUGGAGAGAUUGAAGCGAACAGCAGCGGAAGGGUCUGAGACACCUGUGAGUGAGCGCGAGCAUGAAGGAGAAGUCGAAGAACGCGGCGCGCACGCGGAGGGAGAAGGAGAACAGCGAGUUCUAUGAGCUGGCCAAACUGCUGCCCCUGCCCUCGGCCAUCACCUCACAGCUGGACAAAGCCUCCAUCAUCAGACUCACCACCAGCUACCUGAAGAUGAGGAUCGUCUUCCCGGAAGGUCUCGGGGAAUCUUGGGGUCAUGUGAGUCGAGCGAGUUCUCUGGACAAUGUGGGCCGAGAGAUAGGAUCACAUCUGCUUCAGACUUUAGAUGGCUUCAUUUUUGUGGUAGCUCCUGAUGGAAAAAUCAUGUACAUUUCUGAAACUGCAUCAGUGCAUUUAGGGCUGUCACAGGUAGAGCUGACGGGGAACAGCAUUUAUGAAUACAUCCACCCGGCAGACCACGACGAGAUGACCGCAGUCCUGACGCCUCACCAGCCGUAUCACUCACACUUCGUCCACGAAUAUGAAAUGGAAAGGUCUUUUUUCCUGAGAAUGAAAUGCGUCCUUGCUAAGAGAAACGCUGGCUUGACGUGUGGUGGUUACAAGGUCAUUCACUGCAGCGGCUAUCUGAAGGUCCGUCAGUACAGCUUAGACAUGUCUCCGUUUGACGGCUGUUAUCAGAACGUGGGUCUGGUGGCUGUUGGUCACUCUCUCCCCCCCAGCGCAGUAACCGAGAUCAAGCUCCACAGCAAUAUGUUCAUGUUCAGAGCCAGCCUGGACAUGAAACUCAUUUUCCUGGACUCCAGGGUUGCGGAGCUCACUGGCUACGAGCCGCAAGACUUAAUAGAGAAGACACUUUAUCAUCACGUCCACAGCUGUGACACUUUCCAUCUCCGCUGCGCACACCACUUGUUGCUGGUAAAAGGACAAGUCACCACCAAAUACUACCGAUUCCUGGCUAAGCAGGGUGGGUGGGUGUGGGUACAGAGUUAUGCUACUAUCGUACACAACAGCAGAUCAUCCAGACCGCACUGCAUCGUCAGCGUCAACUACGUCCUCACGGACACAGAAUACAAAGGACUACAGUUGUCCUUAGACCAGGUGACGUCCACUAAACCCUCGUUCACCUACAACAGCCCGUCCAACCCCAUCAGCGAGAACAGAAGAGUUGGCAAAAGCAGAGUCUCCCGUACCAAGACCAAAACAAGACUCUCUCCCUAUCCACAGUAUCCGGGUUUCCCCACGGAUCGCUCGGAGUCGGAUCAGGAUAGCCCGUGGGGAGGGAGCCCCCUCACGGACUCUGCAUCUCCUCAGCUUCUAGAGCAGUGUGAAGGCAUAGACUCCUCAUGCGUGUACCGGCAGUUCUCAGAACCACGGCCGCUCUGCUAUGGCCUACCGCUGACAGACGACCACCAUACCUCCAGUGACAUCUACAGCCACACUCACUCCGAGUCUUGCGAGAGGGGUCGCUGUAAGGCUGGCCGAUACUUCCUGGGCACACCUCAGCCGGGGCGAGAGGCGUGGUGGGGCGCAGCCCGCUCUGUCCUCCCGUUACCCAAGUCUUCAUCAGAGAACGGGGACAGUUUUGAGGGUGUGAUGCCCCACAUCACCUCCAUCCAUAGCCUGCAAGUGAGGGGUCACUGGGAUGAGGACAGCGUGGUCAGCUCACCUGACACGAGCGAUUCAGGUGACCGAUACCGUGGUGACCAAUGCCGCGCAAGUCCCCAAGAGCCCAGUAAGAUUGAAACGUUGAUUCGAGCCACGCAACAGAUGAUCAAAGAGGAGGAAAGUCGCCUGCAGUUGAGAAAGGCUCCUACAGAAAUACCGUUGGAGUCUACAAAUGGUCUGGCCAAGAGCCACGGCUCAUCGUUUCACAGUACCGACUUUCCCCAGUCAGCAUUGCAGAGCGUGGUGUGUCGGGGGCCGGCUCAGGUUAUAAGCCCCGCCCCUAGCCCUGUUCCUCUGUCCCGUCUCAGCAGCCCCAUCCCUGACAGACUGGGUAAAAGUAAAGACUUCCUGCAAAGCGAGCUCUCCUCUUCUCAGCAACACCAGCAGCCAUUGCCCCUGACGGGCACGUGUGCUGUCUCUCCAACUCCAGUGCUAUACCCCUCACACCCCCGCCAGUACCUGGAAAAACACACAGCCUACUCGCUCACCAGCUACGCACUAGAACAUCUGUAUGAGGCAGACAGUUUUAGAGGAUACUCCCUGGGUUGCUCAGGUUCCUCCCAUUAUGACAUGGCCACUCAUCUACGCAUGCAGGCUGAACAAACACCGGGCCAUAAAGGCACCUCCGUCAUUAUCACCAACGGCAGCUGAUGCUUAUCAAAUCACGAACCGCCACUCGGUGCUUCACCCUCUCACUCGAGCUAGCCUAGAAUUUCUGAUUAUAUUUUGUUUUUUCAUUCCCACAAAUUCUACAAAUACUUUUUUCUCAAUUGUUCAUUGUUUUCUAGUAAAUAAACUGAACAUCCUCAAAGCAUAUAUUUACUUAAGGAUUUUUUUUUCUUUUAUUCUUUUUUUUAUAAUGAGGUUCAUGCUUAAGCAGAAAAAAAUCUAAAAGAAAUUAAUUGAAUCUUAUAUUAUGUAAUUUUGUAUAAGUAAAUUGAUCUUAUUUUAAGGAUGUUUAGAUAUUUUUACCGGAAAACAUGAAAAAAAUAAUAAUGAUUUAAGUACACUUUGCAGUUUGUGAGAUCUUAAUAUCUGUUACAGGGACAUUUGUUCAUUUGUUCACAGAGAAGAGAUUCCAUAAAAUAAUUUGUUUGUCAAAUACUUUAUAUACCUGAUUAUUACUUUUUUUUCUUAACCACUAUUAUAAGCUUCUUGAAUGAAUGGGGAUUGUCCAAAUCAUUUCUCAAAGUAAGAGAUUUAAUGAGAACUAUGAAUCUUUACCUGAUCUCAUAAAAGCACAGUGAUAUUAUGGUUUCACAAAUCCACACAGCAAAUAGAUUUAAAUUAUUUUAUUUCCUAUAGUUCACAUUUGGAUUUGGGUUACUGAAUUUUUGGGUCACAAUACUUUGUGGUUAAGCUAGAUGUAAAUUGAAAUUGUGUGAUUUUUAAAUUUUCUUGUUCAUUAGUUUGUUUAUGUUUUGUUUUUGAUGCAACAAUUUUACAUCCAUGACCUCAAAUUCCAUCCAGGUUUUAGUCAUUUGCCCUCUGUACUUGAGACACAGCAGUAGGCGUGUUUUUAAUUAGUCCAUCAAUGGCACUGGGGAAAAUACAUUGUAAUAUUACAAGAAAAAUUCAAGUAGCAUGCUAAUGUACCAGAGAUUAACAACUAAGUCGAAUGCAAAAUGCAGCAUUAAUUUAUAAUUGUUUAAGGUUAUUGUUAGACUGAAUCUUAGCUCAUUUGUGUACUGGUAUACUUUUUGUAGUUGCAUAUGCUGUCCAUCUGUGUUUGGACCCAAUUCAGUCAAAGGCUUGAAGAUUCCAUUUGAGGCUUUUCUCUUUUUUUUUUUAAGAAGAAAUCGGUUGAGCACAUUAUUGUGUUAAGUUGAACAAAUGUUUUGAACCUUUUUUGUCCCCUAACAUGUCAGUCUUUAAAAUGAAAACUGAGAUUAUGCAAUUAUGAGACACAUCUGAUUUUAUUCAAACAAAUGGAACAACAGAAAUGACCUAAAUGACGCCUCUUGCGCUGGUUCCAUUAGAAGGUCUGGAAGUGUGUUUUUGGCCUGAUGAGUGACUGACUGCUGCGGUGCUGGAGGGCUUUGAGUCAAGCUGCUGUUUGGUGUAUUGAGGUUCCACACUGGAGGAGUUCAAGUCUGAUAUGGACGUUAAAGGGGGAAUUUUCUGACAGACUCUCCCCCGUACCUCACUCCUUCUUCAUGUAUUUAUAAGAAACUGGCUCUUUGUUUGGAAAGCUGUUUUUCUCUAAGUGAGAGAAACUCUGGAAAAAAAAAAUAUUUAUGAUGUACAUACUCAAAAUGCACCCUGUCCCCUCACCCACACCAAAUAAAAUGAUGCAAAAGUUGCAAAA